UCAUGCGGUCUACUACUAAAUAACUAACCUACUAAAUAACCUUUGCAUAGAUUAUAGGAGACAGAGUCCACUCAGCUUGUCCAUUAAAAUGAAGUUGCUUCUGGUCUUCUACUUCUCUUCCUCUCUCUUCGGCUCAGUAACCAUGCUGGAUUGUUUAGACUACACUAGUCUUUCAGGAAGGUGUAGCACCACAUUUUCACAACAGUGUCCCCCAGACAACUUAUGUGCUUCUUUGAUAUACAAUUAUUCUGUGCCAGGGUUUAAAGUGAAUAUGAUUGGAGAGAUUCAUGGCUGCCUUCCACAGGCUGUCUGUAAUCAAAAGAAUUCAAGUGGAUUGGAAACCACUUACUCAGCUAAUGUUGGAGUUGCAAAGGGUUUUCUAUCCAUCUCCUGCUGUGAGUCUGACAAUUGCAACUGCAUCAUUAUCCCUGAGCCAGACAACAAACCAAAUGGACUUCAGUGUUUAAGCUGCAAGGGAUUAACAGACACAACAUGCAGCUCUUACAUAUCUUGUGUGGGAAAUCAAGAUCAUUGUAUGACUGGAACAGUUUUAACCUUGGCAAACCUAACAAUCAAGGGAUGUGCCUCUAAAGGUUUCUGUGAUGCAAAUUUUCAAAAUUCCACAUUGGCGGAUGUCCACUGUUGCCCUGGAAGGUUCUGUAACAGGAGUGAAGCCUGGAACAGGAAUGUUGGCCUGUUACUAAUGAUGCUAAGCGCUACUAAACUUCUCUUAUGAGUAUCUAAGCCAUUGCUCCUUGCCGCAAAUUGCACAAUUUUUACCCUCUCAUAUAAGCUAUUUUAUAAAUAUAUGUAUAAAUAACAUGUGUAUAUAUAAACAAUGACUAAUUUCUUUCAAUGAGAUAUUAAUUGGUAAUAAAUAGUAAAUAUAGAGAUAUGAACAACUGUAAACAUUGCACUUUGUAAAGGUUGAACAGUGUGGUGUAAGAGGGAAAGCUGGUUAGUUUAAUGGAUCGGAAUUGACUAAUAAUAAUCAUAUGAUCAGACUGGAAAAAAGAAGGGAAAUAAAAUUCCAGUUGUGAUCAAUAAAGUUCAGGUCAGUCCUUUAAGUAUUUACAACUUUGAUGUUUUUACACCAAGGACUGUUCUUCCAUAUAUUAUAUAUACAGUAUGUAUAUUUUUCCAUUUCAGAUUUUCAAACUUUAUAGGGAAAUUGGAUGCUAUGCUAUGUUUGUGCUAAUAUGGCCCCAGACUGUACAGUAUUUCGUGCACAAUAUGAUGGCACUCUCUAGUGGCUGUUGUGGGUAGUGACAAAAUAUUAGUCCCGGGAGAUCCAUUCACAGUAACAUGACUUCUGAUACAUCUGACAGUUCAGACACUGUAAUUUACAUUUAUUUGUAUAUAUAAAUGAAUAGUGUUUAUUUUCAGUUCCACUGGACUAAAUUUUGUUUUACUAUUACAGAAAACUGUACAUAACUUCCAUCCAUCCAUCCAUUGUCUAUACCUGCUUAUUCCUAAUUAGGGUCACGGGGGUCUGCUGGAGCCUAUCCCAGCGCACAUAGGGUGAAAGGCAGGGGUACACCCUGGACAGGUCGCCAGUCCAUCACAGGGCCGUACAUAACAUCGGUCCUUAACUGACAUAUUUCUGGUUGUGAGGCAUCUUUUUCAUUCCAUGAGAUUAAUUUUCUUUACAGCAGUACAUGUUUAUGUUAUUGUGCACUGCCACGGCUGUCACAUGUGAAGUGUUCCUCACCUUGUGCCCUGAGUCUCCUGGGAUAGGAUCUAGGGUCGCUAGACGCUACAGAAAAUGGAUGAAUGAAUGCAGAAGUAAAUCAGCCAUGGAGAAAUCUUCAAUUUGGUUGAUGAAACAAGUAAGAGUGUAUGAUUGUAAGUUUCUUUUCAACAUUUUCUUAUUGUAUGCCAUUGUUGUAAAGUAUUUAUUCUGUUGCUUCUUUACAUUACCAAAGAGCUGCUGAGAAGACAAGCAAUGAAUAAAAUGUUGUGAUAUAUUUGGUACAUGAAAAUAUCUUGCAAUUAGUCGACGGGCGACUAAUUAAACAACUGAGUGAAGAAAGUGUUCAUUAUAAUUACCCAUAAACACUAAACUAACACACACCAUUAUACAGUAUCAGGACCAGCCCAAACCUCAGGACAAUAAGAGUAAACCAAAUUAAUACACUCCAAAAGCAAACUAUAUGAGUCACUGUAGAAGUCAGAUUCCAGCUCAAAGCAAAGUGCAAUGCAAUUAUUUGAAUGACUAAAUCCUUCCUGGAAGCUUAUGAACAAGACGCAGAAGCGUCGCUCACUCACUGAAGAAACCGUUGUGUCUGAAAUUCCCAAGAGAUCAGUAGUUUAUGAGUUACUCGAACCAGCCCUUCUGCCCCUAACAUCCAUACUCCAGUCACUAUCAGAGAUCACACUUUUUUCUUUAUACUGAUGUGUGAUUCAAACAUUAACUGAAUCUCUUGACCUGUAUUUUCAUGAUUUUAUGCAUUGUUGCUGCUGUCACCUGAUUGGAUAACUGCAUAAAUGUGCAGAUGUUCCUAAUAAAGUGGACAGUGAGUGUAUAUCUCCAGCAAAAGCAAGUGAACAUUUUGUCCUCAAAGUUGAUGUAUUAAAAGCAGGAAAAAUGGGCAAGUGUAAGGAUUUGAGUGAGUUUGACAAGGACCAAAAUGUGAUGGCUUGACCACUGGAUCAGAGCAUCUCCAAAACUGCAGCUCUUGUGGGGUGUUCCCGGUCUGCAGUGGUCAGUGUCUAUCAAAAGUGGUCCAAGGAAGGAACAGUGGUGAACCGGCAACAGGGUCAUGGGCGGCCAAGGAUCAUUGAUGCACGUGGGGAGUGAAGACUGACCCGUGUGAUCCGAUCCAACAGACGAGCUACUGCUGCUCAAACUGCUGAAGAAGUUAAUGCUGGUUCUGAUAGAAAGGUGUCAGAAUACACAGUGCAUGAUGGGUCAGGGCUGUUUUGGCAGCAAAAGGCGGACCCAAUAUUAGACAGGUGGUCAUAAUAUUAUGCCUGAUCAGUGUAUGUAUGCAAAUGAAUGAAUAAAUAAAUAAACAGUAGA